UCAAUGCAUACAUUCAAUUGCUAUUAGUAUUACAGUAAUGUUAGACAUCAAUGAACAACAAAAGCAGUGAAAACAUAUAUACAGUAUUUAAACAUUAAUUGAUAGCAAAAAGUKUUUUGAUUUGUGUGUCAAUUAAAUACCAAUUUGUUUGUCUUAAAUGAACAGUCAUUGUAUGAAUUCAUGGGAAAGUCUGGUAAACGUAAACACGAGUUGUUAGACACGACAACACUUUCGUCGUCGUCGGCCAUCACUUGCAAUUCAAACAACCAUUUUCUUGAUUCAACUGUCAGUACACAUAUCGAUGAAGAUUCUGGAUUUUGUGGCAGCAAUUUGUCGCCAAACGGUCACAAAAUGGUUAAGUUUGACGACGAGAUGUUUUUGUUAAAGGCAUUGAUGAAAGUGGAUGAAAGUACAUCAGAUGAAAUGGUUGUCACAAAUACUAAUACGGCCGCAACCGAUGCGGUGGUGACGCCGGCGGCGCCGCCAUCAAAGUUUGUACCAUUUAAGGCACAAAAUUUGUCGGCGAAGUCGAAGAAUGGCAAAUACGAGCUGAAGAUAUUGUCACAACCGGAGGAACAGCAUCGAGCCCGAUAUAUGACUGAAGGUAGUCGGGGUGCUAUCAAAGACCGAAGUGGAUUAAGUCAUCCAGUGGUCAAGUUAUGCGGUUAUACUAAGGGUGGUCCGGUCAAAGUUCAGUGUUUUAUUGGACACGACAARCAUUUGGGUGCUUCCCAUCUAUUUUAUCAGGCGUCCAAAAUUACCGGCAAAAACUCUACCCGUUGUACAACAAAGCGUGUCGACGGUACUGUUGUUGUCUUUAUGGACGCUUCGCCUCAUAAUGAUAUGCAAGUGACCGUAGAUUGUGUCGGCAUUUUAAAGGAGCGUAAUGUAGAUGUAGAGCAAAAGCUCAACCAAUUGAAGGAUCGUACUGACGAACAAAAUUGUGUAACAAUUGCCACAAAGAAACGGUCGACCAGAUGCCGACUUGUCUUCAGAGCUCAGAUACCCGAUACUAAUGAAAUACUACAAGUGGUCAGUUCGCCGAUUCUAUGCACUCAACCAUUGGGAACGCCAGAAGUAUGCAAGAAAUCGUUGGCCCAGUGCGACAUCAAAGGUGGUAACGAGUUGUUUAUAAUUGGCAAAAAUUUCUUGAAAGACGCCAAAGUGGUCUGGAAAGGACGGAACUGGACUAAAAUGGUUGAACCAGACAAAGAGUUCUUGCAUCCAACCCAUUUGGUUUGUGUGAUUCCUUGUUAUGACGGACCGGAUAAAACUGAGAGCUUAAUAGAGGUGACACUAAGUGUUAAAAGUGGCGGAAAAUACUCGGAGGCACACAAAUUCACAUAUAUUAACUCCGAAAAAGUCAAUGCCAUGACAUUAAUUAAUGGGACGACUGCACAGAUUGGCAGCGCACUGCCAUCCGGUCAGCAGAUCCUGUUGUCGAGUAUUGAUAAACCAAUUAUUCUCACAAUGAUUGGUUCCACUUCAACCCUUACCAGUACUCUAGAGCCACAGAUGCCAACACCGCAAGAUAUUUUGCCACAGACUCUAACGACAGAUCAAUUGCCAAUAAAUGAGAUGAAAUCUGAUACCAUUUGCUUCUCAAAUGAAACGCCAAUGAAUGUCCAGAUGACUCCCGAAACUAUUGUUUCAGUUAUAGCUGAAGACUCGUUAAUGUGUAAUAGCAUUAUGGAUACGAGUUCACAAUCAGCUGCCAGUGCCACCACUCAAUUGGUUCAAUCGUAUAGUCCAAUAAAUGCCAUGACAUUACCCGAGACAGCUAUUGUUAAUCAAAUUAACUCAGAAACUAUUGACCAAACUGUCUAUAAAAAUGACACAAUGAAUGAGAUUCAAAGCACACCCGGUAUUAUAACUUCACAACCACUGUCAUUACCACAACAACCCGUAUCGCACUAUUUACCGAUAAAAACAUUUGCGACUAUUGAGUCGUCCAAUUCUCAAAUUGCCAACACAACAAAAACAUCGCCAAUGCAAGACAUGGCAUCCAUUUCCGACACAACAAUAUCGCCAAUUCAGGACAUGGCAUCCAUUGCCAAUAACAUGACAACCAUUAUGGGAGCUAUUCAGACAUCCAUGACUACCACCAGUCAACCGCUUAUGCAGCCCGUUGUCAGUACUAUCAACAGUUUGCCGCUUAUGACGACACCCAUUGAUCCAAAAGCUAGUAGUGAUGGCCAACAACAACCGCCAAAAUCCGAUGCGACGACUAUUGGUCUAAUAAACUCAAUACAGAAUCCAGUGCUAACGUCAAGCGCCAGCACAAACGUAACUCAAGCGUCAAAUAUAUCGGCCCUCUCAGAGAUGUCCGACGCAGAGCUACUUUGUUUCAUAAAUCCGGCGACUUUUGACCAAAUUUAAAUCUCUUAAAAUCAACGAUCUCUUAAUUAUAUACUGUAUUUAUAUACAUAUUAUUAUU